AAUGUUUUAAAGGAAGCAGAGGCUCAUCUCUCCAAGCUCGUGCAAGAUCCUAUUGUAGCAGUGCAAAAUGCCCUGAGACCAUUGAUGAAGGCUUUGGUAUCUGCUCAUCUCUUAAGAAACCGUGAUUCUGAUGUUAGGGUUUAUGUUGUCUCCUGCUUGACUGAAAUCAUGAGGAUAACUGCCCCCGAGGCCCCAUAUAACGAUGACCAAAUGAAGGAGAUCUUCAAGGUGAUAGUAAGAGCCUUUGGAAAAUUAGCUGAUACUACCUGUCAUACUUAUGAGAAAGCAGUCACGGUGCUUGAUACUGUUUCUAGGGUCAGAUUAUCCUUGGUGAUGCUGGACUUGGAGUGUGAUGACCUUAUUUUAAAGAUGUUUCGCCAGUUCUUGAAAGUCAUAAGACCGGAUCAUCCUGAAUCGGUACUUCUUUCAAUGGAAGCGAUAAUGGUGACAGUUAUCCAUGGAAGUGAAGAAGUGCCCAUGGAUUUGCUCGAGAUUCUCUUGUCUGCUGUCAAAAGAGAAAGCCAGGUUGUCUCACCAAUGGCUUCGUGGCUUGUGGAGAAGGUUAUCAUUAGUUGCGCUUGUAAGCUUCAACCGUGCAUCAUGGACGCUUUGAAGUCAACAGGGACUAGCUUGGAUAUGUAUUCUCCUGUAGUUUUGGCGACAUGCCAAGGCGAAGCUGAAACAUACAUUGUUGUUAAGCCCAAACAAGUUGAGGGAAAACUUGAUUUUAGGCUUUCUCACAAGGGGGAUAUGUCCAAGAGUAUUGCAAGAUGUGGAACACAAGCCCAUGGAGAUGAAAAAGUAAGAGGUGGGGACGAUUUGAAACAACUUUUGAAUCAAGUACAGUCUGAAAAUAGUGCAGAGACAGAAUCAGGGUCAACAAGGAGGAGACGGCGGAAAAUCAAUUCCCUGAUGAGUCCUGAGGGAGGCUAUUCAUUUAAGACUUUGUCAAGCAAGAAGGUGCAGGAAAAAGAAUUUGGUGAUUCAUCACUUGGAAAGCUGGCUGCCAAGAAAGCAUAUUUUCCUAGUAAAGUUGCUCUAACGAAUCAGUCUGUUGUUUCUUCUCUCACACCCUCUAGUAAGGAUAUGAAGGGGUCACGUAAGCGAAGUCGGAGUAAGGUUGAAGGUUGUUUACCUACACUACCAUCAAAGAAACAGACUGUGAAGAAAGAGAAUCCUGAAGAAGAAGAUUAUAUGGAAUCUGACCUUAAGAAGCUUGAAAAUAGCAUUAAGACUACCAAGUCAAGUAAAAAGGAGAGAGCACAGAAUGGUUCAGCGAAAGCGUUUGCAAAGAAGCCACUUGCAGAAUCUAAGAGGGUAGAGACCAGUGGAAAAAAAUCAGCUCACUCAGAAUCAAAAGGUGCAAGCAUGGAUCCGCAUAUUCGUCACUCAUCAAAGAGCAAGAAGAAGAUUUCUCAUGCAACAACGCCCUCGACCAAAGAAUCUGGACAAACUGCCAAAGGCCAUCCCAAGAGGAAACGAGCAGCUGGAGAGGAAGUGGAGUCACACAAGAGUGAGCUUGGUGAGGAAUUGGUUGGUUUGAGAAUGAAAGUCUGGUGGCCACUCGACAAGAAGUUUUAUGAAGGCGUCAUAAAGUCUUAUUGUAGUCGUAAGAAGAGGCACGAAGUAUCUUAUACUGAUGGGGAUGUUGAAAACCUUGAUCUCAACAAAGAACGUUGGGAGAUAAUUCAGAAUAGUGAUGAAAAGGAGAUUGAUCUACCUGAUUCUACUCUUUUAUCUGAGAUAAGGCGAAGGGAGAGAGCAAAGAAGAGCAAACAUGUGUCUAAGAAUGUGGAACUGAGCACUUCUGCAAACGUCAGAUCCUCGAAGAAGAAAGACCAUGUAUCAAACUCCACUAAGCAAGAGAAAAGAACCAAAGGUUUGCUGAAGUGCGUAAGCAAUGAACCAGAAAGCAGAGAAGAUCAAAAUCUUAAAUCCUCAAAAGAGCCGGAUGCUGAAACUCGCAGAACGAAAGGGAGGGUUGAGAAAUGGCGGAGGGUGACUCGAUCUAUGCACCGGGAAAGUGAAAAAGAUUCAAAUGCGGAGCCUGAAUGUAGGAGAGGUCACCAAGAACUACCUGACGAUUCAAAUGCUGAAACCAAAGCUGAUGGAGCAGAGCACAAAGAGCCAGCUGCCGAUACCAAAGCUGUUGGAGAAGAGAGAGACUAUGUGAAAGAGCCACCUGCAGACACCAAAGUGAUUGAGGAGGAUAUGUGUGAGGAGAGUCAUAGAGACGUAUACACAAGCGUGCCUGAGACUGGUAAGGUGGAAAACGAAGUUGAUCAGAAAGUAGUGAAGGAACUGAUAAAGCAAGUCGGUAGUGUUCGUGUUUUAGUUUGAUCCAUGAAUCAGAUAUGGUUAGAUGAUGUUAAUUCAGGAAAAGUAGGGGUUAUUGUGGUUUAGGUAACUGACACGUUUAGUAAAGCUGCUUCUUUAUAGACUUAUGGUUGUUAUUGUUUCGUUACUUUGGUAGAGUCUUCUGACGUAUGUAUUAUCAUGGAACUAGUUUGAUCUGAUGUCACCUAUGACCUAAAA